AUGAAGACAUCUCUUUUCCUCAGCUGCAUUACACUUGCGGCCACGGUGGCUGCUGCUCCUGUCCCUGGAUCGGACGCUGUUGCUAGCUACGAAUGGAAGAAGGACACCCAGAGCACUGAUGGUGUUGCCAAUUAUGAAUGGAAAAAGGAUACUCAAAGCACGGACGGUGUUGCCAGUUAUGAAUGGAAGAGGGGUACUCAGAACACUGAUGGUGUUGCCAGCUAUGAAUGGAAGAAGGACACCCAGAGUACUGAUGGUGUUGCCAGUUAUGAAUGGAAGAGGGGUUCUCAGAACACUGAUGGUGUUGCCAGCUAUGAAUGGAAGAAGGACACUCAGAGUACUGAUGGUGUUGCUAGCUAUGAGUGGAAGAGGGGUUCUCAGAACACUGAUGGUGUUGCCAGCUAUGAAUGGAAGAAGGAUACUCAGAGCACGGAUGGCGUUGCCAGCUAUGAAUGGAAAAAGGAGUAA